AUUUUUAAAGCUAGAUACAAAACUGUGUUUAUUUUUUUAAUUAGAUGAAAAAAUAUGUCUGACUUUGAUCUAAAAAAAAAGGUCAGAAUCUUUUUUUUUUUACUUUUUCCCCCAGAAUUUUGUUUAUUUUUCCCCCCAGUGGCCCUUAUCCUCUUCCAUAGAAAUAUAUCAAGAAUUCAAUGUUUUUCCAAAAAUUUCUGUUAACAUUUGAAGCUCUAAAACAGUUUCGUUCAGGUGGACUGAGAGGAAAAUGACUCUGUAGGUUGUAAAGUUUUCGGACCUCCGCUUUAGACAAUAGAAACUUACAGCAGCAUCUAAAAGUCCAUUUGUAACAAGUUAUCAGCAGAAACGGUUCCUUAUUUACAUCCAAAUCAAUAUCAGAACAAAAGGCUUCUCACUAAAGCAUCCCUCAGAACAUUUCUAUCAUUUCUCAUUGCGAUGUUUGUCCAUCUAUUCACUCACAUGUGGUACCAUUCCACUGGAUGAGACAGCUGAAUAGCAGCGAUCAGGAAAGGUAAUGGGGAUGGACUCCUGAAGCUAUGUUUAGCAUCCACUCAGACUCAGAUGCCUUUAACAGAAGAGUGAGCAGACGUCAACGCCAUGAGGCGGGCAAGAGGAACUAUAGCGUGACUAUCCAAAUAAAAACAAAGCAGAGGGACUGUGUCAGUCAACACUUGCAGGCAUCUCCCUUUUAGACAACUCCACAACAAAAUGAGAUAUGGCAACUGCUGCCAGCAUCCUGUCCAAGGAGCAGCUUCUCUGCCCCAUCUGUCUGGAUGUGUUCAACCAGCCGGUCUCCACUCCUUGUGGACACAACUUCUGCAGAGAUUGCAUUCAGAGAUACUGGAAUGGCACCAGUAUGCCGCAGUGCCCCAUGUGCAAGCACACGUUGUACAAGAGGCCUGACCUGAAAGUGAACACUUUCAUAUCUGAGGUGGCUUCUCAUUUUAAGAAGCUUGGGGAGAAGUGCAAAGACAGAACCAAAGCUACAGAUCUGUCAGUGGCCCUUAAAGGUGACAUUUGUUGUGAUGUGUGCACUGGAAGAACGGUGAAGGCUUUGAAAUCCUGUCUGGACUGUUUGGCCUCAUUCUGCGAAACUCACCUGGAGCCCCAUCAUGUCCUAGUAACCCUGAAGCAUCACAGACUCAUUAGCCCCAUGAUAUGCAUGCAGGACAGAGUCUGUAAGAAGCACGAGAGUCUUCUGGAUCUGUUCUGUCACACCGACCAGACGUACGUGUGCCAACACUGUGUUAGCGACAAACACAAGACUCACCACACGGUUUGCAUAGAAGACGAAAGCAGAGACAGGAGAGCUCAGAUCAGAAACUUAAACGUGGAGAUAAGAGAGAUGAUCCACGGCCGGCUGGAAAAAAUCCGCGAGAUCAAUCAAGCUGUUCAGCUCAGCAGGAGAAACACAGAGAACGAGGUGGAGGAGAGUUUACGGGUCUUCAACAAGCUUCUCCAGUUCGUCCAGAAAGGCCAGGCCGAAGUGGAUGAGGUGAUCAGAGAAAAGCAGAGGCGCGUUGAAAUCAUGGCCAGUGGGUUGAUAAAAGAACUAGAGCAGGAGAUUGAUGAUCUGAAGUGCAGAAACACUGAACUGGACCUGCUCUUGUUCACCAAUGACGAUCUCUACCUUCUCAAGAGCUUUCCGGCUUUCUGCACGAUGCCAGCCGUCAAAGACUGGUCUGAAGCGUGGGCACAAAGUUCCAAGUACGUCGGUACGGUGAGAAGGUCGGUGAGGAGAGUCGCUAGUCUGAUUGAGGAGGCGGUAAAGACAGAGGUGAAAAGGCUUUGUGAGGUUGAAUUUACGCGUGUGAAGUCUUGUGUGGUGGAAGUGAGUUUGGAUCCGGACACUGCCCAUCCCAAACUGGUGCUGUCCGAAAACAAGAAACAGGUCUACCAUGGAGAUGUGGCUCAGAGCCUCCCAGACAACCCAGAGAGAUUUUACCCUUGUGUUAGCGUUCUGGCAAGGGAAGGCUUUUCCUCUGGAAGGUUCUACUACGAGGUCCAGGUGAAAGGGAAGACGGAGUGGGACAUCGGAGUGGCGCUAGAAUCCGUCAACAGAAAAGGAGGGAAUCUGUUGAAUCCAGAAAGAGGCUACUGGACCCUGGGGAUGAGGAAGGAUGAGAAAUACUGGGCACUCAGCAGCCCCCCGGUCUGUGUACCGCUGGUAGAAAAGCCUCAGACCGUCGGGGUAUAUGUGGAUUUGGAGGGGGGCCAAGUGUCCUUUUACAACGUGCACGCUCAGUCUCACAUCUACACGUUCACCGGAUACACCUUCAGGGACAGACUUUUCCCCUACUUUAACCCACGGAGGAAUCAUGACGGGGUCAACUCUUCACCUCUUGUCAUCUCGCCUGUUAACGUCUAAAUCUCCAGAAUGUUUGACCUGUUUUUGUUGCUUUAAAACUCUCACCACUUUGACGAUUUAGGUUUUCUAAUAAUGUCCCAUUAUGUGAUCUUUGUCUGCCCAAAUAAAACAUCUUCUGAGGUAAA